GAGCGGAGCACGGAGACAGAUUCAAAAAAGCAAAAGGAACCGUUCAUGGUGGUGGACUAACCCUGUAAAGCCAGUCCUAAAGAGUCCAAACCAUGUGUAAAGGAUUAGCUGCCCUGCCUCAGACAUGUCUGGAGAGGGCUAAAGGGAUCAAGACUAAGUUGGGAACUCUGCUCCAGAAGCCAGAGAAUGCCAUUGACCUCAUUAUCCCAUACCCGGAAAAGCCUGAGAAGAAACCAGAAAAGCUUCAGAAACCAACCCCUGAAGAGGCUGCCCAGUGGCGUGAGUCUCUGGACCGAGUCCUCACCAACAGCUAUGGCCUUGCUACAUUCAGGAGCUUCCUGAGAUCUGAGUUUAGCGAGGAGAACAUUGAGUUCUGGUUGGCUUGUGAGGAUUUUAAGAAGACCAAGGCUCCGCUGAAAAUGGUCACCAAGGCCAAGAAGAUUUAUGAAGAUUUCAUUCAGACUGGGGGACACAAAGAGGUGAACAUUGACCAUUUCACCAGAGACGUGACUCUGAGGAACCUGGUUGACCUUUCCGCUUCCACCUUUGACCUGGCUCAGAGCCGCAUCUACACCCUGAUGGAGAAGGAUUCCUUCUGCCGCUUCCUCAAAUCUGAGCAGUACCAAGAGCUCAUCAAGUAAACGCAAUUAUCCAGCUGUAGGGAGACAAAAACUCAGACACCUCCUUGAUCGUGUGGAUUUGGCAAAUAUUUUAGAAAUCCAUCCUUACAUGCAAAUCCAAUUGUUAUUUGUGAAUUAUUUUACUUUAUAGAAUAUGUCGGCUCCUGAAAAUCAAUCAGAUUAGAAAAAAUGAUCUUGGAAUGUGUAAGAAUUUGAAAGCAAAAACAUCCAAAUUGUCUCCCUACAGCUUCGUUAAGAACUUCUUGAUAACCCAAAGACCAAAUUUUAAAGAAUGGCAAGACAUUGUUAAACAUUCAAAUUACAUAAUGCCAGUAACAGUUUGUUUUGCAUAACCUGUUAGCCGGGACGGAAUUUUUAGCUCCCUGUCUACUAAAUAAAAUGGAAAAUCCUAGUCAGACUAAUUCCCACUUGUAAUUAAUUAGACUAGAUAAGUGGCUCAUGUUUUUGAAGAGGACAUCCUGGCCUCUGAGAUGCAAUUCAGACAAGUAUCUGAGCACAGUGUUCAUAUGUCUGCUGUGAAGAGAGAUACGGCUGGUGUGGGGACGGGAGCGAAUGACGUGCUUUUUUCUUGGAAACGUCCACAUUAAUGUUAAAACUCAAGUCAAAGGGACAAGGGGUUGGGGGGGAGGGAAGGGGGAGUAUACACUUAAGCCCUGAAAGGCCCAUCAUCAUUCACAGUAAAAGAAGAGAGGGACAUGUUUAAAUGCAUCAAGUCCCUGGGAAAAGCCAGAGAGGAGAUUUGUUGUGGUGUGUAUGUUGCUAAGAUGGGAAAACCAAGUAGGAGUGGAUCUCCAUAAAGCAUUGGGAUUUUUUAAAAUAUAUAUCCAGAGGGACAGCUUUUCCCAGGAAGUAUAAGGGAAAAUCACAACAUAAAAUCAUAUAUUCUGAUUUAAGCAAACCCCAAUGAUGAGUCUCUUUCAAAAUACUUACCUAUAUAAUAAAAUUGUCAUUAUGUGAUCAUUAAUGACUAUCUUUUUUUUUCCUGAGAACAUUGCAUGCCCUUGACAUGAGCAGUUAAUCUUAAUUAUAGAUGUUUUACAUAACAUGUUGCCUACAAUUUGUCAAGUACAUGGUAUCCAUAUGUAUGAAAUGAUUUCCCUUAUUAAACUUUGCAUGUGUGAAUCUGACCAGAUGCACCUACAGUACACAAUUGCAUGUUUUGUUGUUUUUUUCACCAUUUUAUUGUUCAUUAAAAGUAUAUACAGUAUAUAGCAUUAUAUGCCGUAAUAGGUGGUCCAUAAGUCCUUAUUGUUAUGCCACAUAAACUAAAUUAUUCUAUCCACAUUCACUGGAUAUAAGCAAUCGUGCGCUCUGAUUGGCUACUCUACUACUAGGAUAUCGGCUCAUAUAUGUAUACCGUGAGUAGAGAAAAACAAAAUGGUGGAGCGUAAUAAAAACUACUUGAAAAUAAAACUCCCCAAAAUACAAAAAAAGCAACAAAAUAUGGAAUAAAAGUAUUUGAUGGUAAGAAUGUAUCUUUUUAUUUUUCAAGAAUUAUUAUUAUUAUUAUUAUUAUUAUUAUUAUUAUUAUUGUAUUUUUCACAAAUUGUUACUGUCAUUUCGCCGGUUUGUUUACAUUCUAAGUGGAAAUGAUUUUGACAGACAUUUUGUAUCAAGUUUUUAUUUAUCAAAUUUGCAAAAAAGUAAAAGAAAAAUGCUCCGUUUUUCAAAGUCUAGUGAAUGUGGAUAUAAUAAAAUAAUUAUUUCAUUCAAUCUCGUCGUAUAUGGCUUAUAGCCAACUUGGUGCUACGCGCCUCGUUGGAAAUCAGCUCAUGGACGACUCGAUUUCAUGGAAUAACUAUUAAAUAUCAGAAUACUGCAGGUCGGAAAAACAUGAAUGAUUUGAAAUUUUAAAAAUAGUAAAUAUCUUUUGGUUUUGGAGUAUUGUGACAGAUUUUUUUUCUUCCCUCACAUCAAAUUAAAUUCAAACAUUUGCUAAGGACUUAUAGAGUACCUCUUAUAUAAAAGUAAAUCCAAGUAAUAUGUACGUAUAUGUACUACUGUAGCCACACAUAAAAUGUAUAAGUGCAUUAAAGUUGUGAACACCUA